AUGGUUGGCGGAAAAAGAUCAAGAAACUUCGAUGAUGAUGACGGAUACCGUGACUUCCGGCCCCGAAUGCCCAAGAGGCAACGGGUUCCCCCAGUCGUGCAAUUGUGCAAAGAAAUGAUGCCAGAUAUCAGAACUCUGGGUGAAAGUGUGAAAGCAUUCGAGGAAGAUAUCAAGUUUUUGAGUGAAGCUAUUGCCAAUGAGUUUGGCAACGAAGAGUAUUUUCAAGACGCUCUUUUCAAAACCCUAUACGCCGUUAUAGUUGAGCAACCCCAUAAACAACCAGCAAUUGCUCUUUUGACCAUGGUGGUCAAUGCAGCCAACCCCGUUGCUGGGAAGAGAAUUUUGAAUCACAUUUUUGGCAAACUACAAGAAUGGUGCACCAGCACAAUAGAUGAUAACUUGCAAGUGACAUCGAGCGAGACUGGUCCCUGGAACAAAAUUAAGCUUUUACUUAGGUUUUUGUCGCUUUUGUCGCCAAUGGUGGAAGAAGAUGAAUUGAUCCUAUUGUAUCAAAGGUUGUUCGCACUGAGUGUGAGCUUGAACAAUGUCAAUCCUCAGAAAAGAAACCCACUUUCUGAAGCCGUUUACUGCAAUACUUUGUUGAACAUUCCUUACCUUUUCUUCUUUUCAAGAGAAAACGAGAGCUUGAAGGGCAAAGUGGCCGAGCUGAUUGCUAGCGUCGAAAGUUCCUAUCUCGUAAAGAGUACCAAUUUGUCUUUGAUCAAGGAAUACAACACUAAAAGCCCCUACGAACCGGUACAAUGGGUAAUGGCUGUUUUACCAAAUGUUAAAAGAGUCCUCUCCAACGAAAUGCAGCAAAUCUCUGAGUUGUUCCCCGAUUACAGUGCAAUGAUGAAACCGCAACCAGGAAACCAAGGGUUCAACGAUCCAUUGAAUUUGCCCACGGCCGAACAACUCGAGCCGUUCAGUGGCUUGGACAGGGGUAUGGGGUCGAUAGACGGUAUGUGGAAAGUACCAAGAUAUUCCUUCAGAGUUUAUUUGCCUAACGAGGUUGGUGAAUUCGAGACAGUCGUCCCAUUUACCACUUACGCUGGUAUGCUGUUUGAAGACGUCAUUCUCGAUAUAGUUGAAAGCAUGGAAUUUAACCGUAAAGAGGUUGCCAAACAAGUAGUGACGUUGGAUCUUUUCUUCAAACCUGGUAUUUUCACCGAGCCUGGGCAAUCAAUUGCUCAGCUGAUAGCGUUACAUGAGGAAAAUCCAAUCAUUACUACUCACAAAAUCGAAGACCUGGCUAUCGAGAAGAUUCUCAGCAUGAUCUUUAAGCUUCCUAAUGUUUCCCAUCCAUUUGCUUACUUUUACACGCUGCUAGUGGAGAUCUGUCAGAACUCCCCCAAAGCUAUUGCUCCCGUCUUUGGUAGAGCAUUCCGUUACUUUUUCAACAAUUUGGACGACCUAGAUCUAGAAUUGAAGUUGAGGUAUCUGGACUGGUUCUCGAUUCAAAUGAGUAACUUCAACUUUUCGUGGAAAUGGAACGAAUGGGAAGAAGUGUCGGUCAGGCAUCGCGACACUUUUUACAGUCCAAAGGUGACUUUUAUGAGAAACUUGAUCAGAAAAGAGCUCAGACUCACUUCGAGUAAAUCUGAUGUUGAGGAGAGUCUUACUGAUGAGUUUAAGUCUUACAUGGAAAGCUCAUUUGUUCCAAGAAGCGACCUUACAAAUUACUACCAGUCCUUCUUCAAAGACUUCCAAGUGGACUCCGGACUGUUAAAGGAUAAUACCAUUUUCUUCACCCAGUCAUGUUUUCCCUUCAACGAAAUGAUUCAAGAUGUUAUUAAUUACUUCCACAAGCAGCCAUUGGAGAGAAAUGUGUCUGAGCUUACCGCUAUCUUUCAGGAAAUACAGAAAAACUAUGGAAACAUUAUAAGCGACUUCAACAGAUUUGUUGUAACCACCUUGAUGCAAUCGUUGGCGUUUUCUGGUAACAGGUCUCUUUCGCAUGCUAACAAGUACAUUGGUGAUUCGAGAAACGAUUUAAUAGAGGUUUUCAAAAAUAUGGAAGCGGAUCAGGGCCUGAAGGAACGUUGGAUCGUCGAAGCUAUCAUUCGCUACUGGAACAGUAACUCUCAAAACGGCUAUCUGAUUGUAGACACAUGCAAGAAUUUCGAGCUCGUCUCUGCCAAAGCCAUUCUCGACUUUUCAUUUUUGGAAGAUCAAGGCAGAAACUGGGGUUUGGUAGAUGCGACAUCUAUGGAGUCUACUUUCAGAACCCUCACAGAGCUGUCUCAGCGUCGGGAUGCCAGCGUUGAAACUUUUGUAUUUAUGUUCGAGAGGCUGAGUGAAAUUGCUUCCGACACCGUAAACCAGCUUGGGACCGCUUCGGAUGUUGCUGUGAUGGCGCCUGAAAGCGACAGCGCAAUAGCGGAACUUGAGCUUGUAUGGAAGUACGAAAGCUGCCUAGGGUUCAUCAAGAGUGUCUUGAGGAAAUAUGCGGAUGAGUACGCAACCAGUGUCGAGCCACUCAGUGCUAUUUUAAACGCAAAGAUCUCACAUCAAAGGACGAAAGAGGUUGUAUCAAACUGGUUGAAUGAAUUGCAGCUGCUUUGA